CUCCUCAUAACGUACUUCCUCUCCCUGGUUCCUACCAUACAAAAAUGGAGACCUCCGUCCCGCCGUCGUCUUUGACACGUCUCAACACCUUUAUCGGAAAAUCACGCAUCGGAGAACGCUUCAAACUCAAUGAAAGAAACACCACCUUCACCACCGAGCUCCGUGCUGGCACCGCCACCUUCCUCACCAUGGCCUACAUCCUUGCUGUUAACGCCAGCAUCCUCUCUGACUCCGGUGCGACUUGCUCCGUCUCCGACUGCAUCCCUCUCUGCUCCGACCCCUCCGCCACCAACUGCACCGUCAUUCAACCUGAUAUCUCCUGCAAGUUUCCGCCGGUCAACCCCGGUUACACCGCCUGUCUAGAAAGAGUCAGGAAGGACCUCAUCGUUGCCACCGUCGCAUCGUCUCUCAUUGGCUGCGUAAUCAUGGGGACUUUCGCUAAUUUACCGUUGGCCUUAGCUCCGGGAAUGGGAACUAACGCUUAUUUCGCUUACACCGUCGUCGGAUUUCAUGGCUCCGGCAACAUUUCAUACGAAAACGCACUCGCCGCUGUUUUCAUCGAAGGGAUGAUAUUUCUUCUGGUCUCCGCCGUCGGCGUACGUGCUAAGCUCGCGAAACUAGUUCCGAAGCCGGUAAGGAUCUCUUCGUCCGCCGGAAUCGGAUUAUUUUUAGCGUUUAUCGGUUUGCAGAAUAACGAAGGCAUUGGCUUAAUCGGCUACAGUUCUUCCACCCUCGUUACGUUAGGCGCCUGUCCAAGAUCCUCACGCGCGUCACUCGCGCCGGUCAUCACUUUCCCAAACGGCACCGUUUCACUCCUUCCCGCCGGCUCAGUCUCCGGCGAAAUCAUGUGUGUGAAUAACCGAAUGGAGAGCCCAACGUUAUGGCUUGGCGUGGUCGGCUUCGUAAUUAUAGCUUAUUGUUUGGUUAAAAAUAUAAAAGGAGCGAUGAUUUACGGCAUUGUAUUCGUGACGGCGGUUUCAUGGUUCCGUAACACGCAAGUAACGGUGUUUCCACAAACUCCGGCGGGUGAUUCCGCCUACGAAUACUUCAAACAGAUCGUCGACGUUCAUAAAAUCCAAUCAACCGCCGGCGCAUUGAGUUUCUCAAGCAUUAAAAAAGCUUAUUUCUGGGAAGCAUUAGUGACUUUUCUCUACGUUGACAUCCUCGACACCACCGGAACCCUAUAUUCCAUGGCACGUUUCGCUGGAUUCAGCGACGAAAACGGCGACUUUGAAGGCCAGUAUUUUGCUUUUAUGUCAGACGCAUCGGCAAUCGUUGUGGGAUCAUUACUCGGAACGUCGCCGGUAACGGCGUUCAUUGAGUCGUCCACCGGAAUAAGAGAAGGUGGGAGGACCGGACUGACAGCUUUGACGGUGGCGGGAUAUUUCAUGCUGGCAUUCUUCUUUACGCCAUUGCUGGCAUCGAUUCCGGCAUGGGCGGUGGGGCCGCCGUUGAUACUGGUGGGGGUGAUGAUGAUGAGAUCGGUGGUGGAGAUUGAUUGGGAUGAUAUGAGGCAGGCGAUACCGGCGUUUAUGACGCUGAUAUUGAUGCCAUUGACGUACUCCAUCGCGUAUGGACUGAUCGCCGGUAUUGGAACGUACAUGGUACUGAACAUUUGGGAUUGGGGUGAGGGGUUUUUGGGUAAAUAUGGGAUUCUUAAGGGGGUUAAAAGUGAGGAAUCUGUUAUCAAUGGUAGUGUAGGGGGUAAUGGUGUAAUUAAGGAAAGUGGUGUAGAUGGAAAUGGAAGUAGGAAGGCAAUUGAGGUUUAG